AUGACCGUUGAUCCUAUUAUUCAAGCUGAAUUUGAAAGAAAUCUUUCAUGGAAACGUUCAUGGCCACGUUGUUUGCUUGGAUCAAUUGCAAGUAUUGAAGCUUUUAUUGGAGUGAUCAUUUUGCUAACUGAAUGUUGCAAUAUUUUAAUGGAUUUUUGGCAUACAAAUAUUUUCGGUGGUAUUUGGGCAUCCAUUAUAGUUUUUAUUAAUGUAAUUGUAAUCUAUGCUACAGUAUGUUGUAUAACAACAAUUGGUUCAUCAACAUGUGCAUUAAUUUGGAAUUUACUUACGUUACUAACUUUAGGUACCUUAAUUGCAUUUGAUGUCAUAUUUAUUCUAAAUCCAGAUACAUGUUUUUUAACACCAACAUGUUCAACACAAUCACAAAUAAUAUCAUUAAAUUAUAUAAUGCAAAUGAUUCCACCAUUUAAAAAUUAUACAAGUUAUGAUUCAAAAAAAAUUUUUCUUGAAAUUCAAGUUGGAUGUGCUGGUGUAGCUUGCAUUAUAUCUUUCAUUUAUAUUGUUAUUUAUAUUGCAUGUAAAAUGAAAAUACAUCAACGUGUUGUUCAUGAUUAUUCAGCACCUGUUAUUGUUCAUCCACCGCCUGUUCCUAUUGCUCAUUCAUCACCUAUUGCUAUGGCUCCACCAUCACCAUAUCAUCAUUAUCCUACAUUUCCAGUUGCUGACGCACCACAAAGCCCUUGGAUAAAUCAAACAAAUAAUGUGCCAUAUCCACCAUAUUAA